AUGACCGACGUCAAUGCUCGCUCAGCGACAAGAAGCAUAGAGUCCAUUUGUACCAUUGCCGGUGCCAAAGUUCCGAGUGUGCCCCCUAUCCCGCCAGAUUCGGUGCCCAACCUUGACUCCAUCCGCAAGGUCUACGACAUUGCUUUUGCGCCCGGUCUGGACAAGCUGCUGGAGUCCGGUGCGACCAAAUGGUUCGCCCGACAAGGCUUUCCAUGGCUUUGCGCCGAUCGUGCCCAGCUGGGUAACAUGUUGGCGUAUUUGACGUUGGUUAGUAACCACGCCGAUACGGCCACUCAGAAUGCCGCAUUGGCCAGUCAGGAAGCUCGAGUCUCUUGGGCCUUGCUCGGGUUGUGUGUCCGGCCGGAUCAUGACGGCGGAGAAGAAGCCGACAAACUCGCCCGUCGAUGUCGUGCCCUUGAGUCGAUCUUGACUGGCGAACCAUUCUCCAGUCCCACCGCUUCGCUGGCCGAUUUUGUCCAUCAAGACGAGAGCGAGCCGGAGCCAAAAGCCAGCGCACUGGAAAAGCAACUGGCACAAAGAUCGGAUGGGUUUUGGACUCUGGUUGAAGCUGCUGCGGCAAGUCAGAGUCCUUCAGACGGCGGGAUUUCUCCAGAGGCAGUCCAAGAGUGUCGGCGUUUUCUGGAUGGCAUGGAGAAUCGAGACAUUAUCUACAGCAUCAUGUUGCUGGGGUCGAAACCGAAACCAAGUGGCAACCAUGGCGAUCUCACUUCGGAACGAGAACUGGCCAAACGAUAUCUGGAAUCACAGGCGAAUGGACGUGCUACAAAUCAGGUGUUUGCAACUAUUUCCGGCAUGGCGUUGAGAGCGUUUGAUGCAUAG